GCAACCAUGACCCAGAGUGGAGGUGUGAACGUGCACAGCGCAGUGGCCGAGGAUCGUCUGGAGGUGCUGCAGGUGUACCGUCUGCUGCAGUGCGUACGCGAGGGAGACACGCCCGCGAUAGAGAAGAUGGUGCGCCUGGGCGUGCCCAACCUCAUCAACCUGACAGAGCCCAGCGAGGGAAACGCCGCCAUGCACCUGGCCUCCGUGGCCAACGACACCGACAUGGUGCGCUUCCUACUCUCACAGGGUGCACACCCUAACAUCCAGGACAAGAAGGGGCGUACGCCCGUCAUCCUGGCAGCUCAGCUGGGCCAUGACAACAUGGUCGCCCUGCUGGCCAAGAAUCACGCCAACAUGGACGUGGUCGACACCGAGGGAAAAGGCACACUGUUCUACUGCAUCUCUCCCACCAAGCGUCACAUGCGCUGCCUGCAGGUGGCGCUCAACAGCAAGGCCAACGUCAACAACGUGUCCACAGCCGGGACGCCCGUCUUUCUGCUGGCCUGCGAGCGCGCCCACGACUGUGAGAACAUGUGCAUCAGCAUCCUGGAAAGAGGGGCUGACCCCAACGCCACCAACGAGGCGUCUGGUCGUUCGGCUCUGAUGGAGGCAGCCAGGGCGGGAGCGGUAGACCUGGUCAGGGCCAUCCUCCAGAAAGGGGGAAACCCCAACGCUGUGGACAAGAAGAGGAUACACACUGCCCACCUCGCUGCAGAGGGGGGCUUCUUUGAGGUGAUAGUGGUGCUGUCUGCUUACUCUGCAGACUUGAGUGUGACUGCCAUGGACGGAAACACCCCCUUGCACUUGGCUGCAGCUGGAGGCUUCACUGAGUGCUGCAGGUUCCUGGCUCAGAGAGGCUGCAACGCCAAGCUGAAGAAUACCGAGGGUUUCAUCCCCAGUCAGAUUGCCAAGAACAACAACCAGAAGCCAGCCAUGAAGGAGCUGAAGAAGGCAGAGCGUCUGGAGGUGAAGUUCUCCAAACCGGGCGCCGUCAAUCCCAAUGAGCUGUGGGCGCUCACGCUGCACGACUGGUCCUGCGAGCACGAGGCAUCGCUUCGCACCGCCAUGGAGAUCGCUGAGGAGGCUGUGGGUCCCAUGGAGACGGUUACCCGGGAGACGUUUGUGGCGGUGUUGCAGGAUCACCGGGCGCCAGUGGAUGACGAGAACCUCCAGAAGGUGAUUCUGGAGCACGACAAGAAGCGCGAGGGACUGAUCAACGUGACUGAUUUCUUCAAAGGGGUGCGCUACCUCCAAAAAGCCUUUACCCUUCCCUCCUACGAGCCCAAGAAGAAGAAAGCUGGGAAAGGGGGGAAGGGGAAAAAGAAAGGUAAGUUCGUCCUCCCCAUGCCCAUUUGCAUUGUCCCUCCGGAGCUCAUCUUCCGGCGCGAGGACGGCGGGCCGCCAAACUUCAUGGUGGAGAGCUACCAGCAGUUCACCGACACCAAGCGGUUCGACCGCGACCACCCGCCGGGCCACCCCAUCGAAGACGACUCAGCGUGGUACGUGGACGAGCCGGAGAAAAUCUAUAUCAACAUCAACUACUGUGUGAAGACGGGGGACCUGGAGUCUCUGAGCCUGGCCUUCAGUCAGGGGGUCCCUGUGGAUGUGAAGGACUGCUACUAUAAGACGCCCCUGAUGACGGCCUGCGGGAGCGGGAACUACGAGGUGGCCAAGUUCCUCAUCAGCCUGGGUGCUGACGUGACCGCGUGCGACCAGUUCAGCUGGACACCGCUGCACCACGCCUCCCAUGCAGGCCAGGUGGACAUCGUGGACCUCCUGGUGCAUUCUGGGUCAGUGGUGGACGCCGUGGCCAUGAAUGGAGCCACGCCCCUCAUGAGGGCCAUCGAGAGCUGCAGACCGUGCUGUGUGGACUACCUCAUCAAGGCCGGAGCCAAGGUGCAGGCAGAGAACAAGAAAGAGCAGAAUUGCCUGGACAUUGCCAGAGCAUAUGGAGACAUCAGGAUAACUGAUCUGGUCCAGGCUAAGUUUGACAGCCUCCCCAAGUCCAAGGAGGGGAAGGGGAAGGGAGGAGGCAAACCUGUGGCCAAGCUAGCCAGUCUAGCUGCUCCUAAGUCUGACUCUGUGUCUGCGACCUCCUCUGAGACGACGGUGAGGAAGGUUUCUCUGAAGGACAACAUCAUCUUCCUCAACACCCAGAUCACCAGCGGAGCCACCAACCGCCUCGACAUCAGCUUUGUGCCAAAAACAGUGUGGGGUAAGCAGCUGACCAGCAGCCAGCUGAUUGAGAGGAAGGAGGAGAGGAGAGACCGUCUGUCCUACGAGGUGGACUUUGAGGACUUCAUGAUGCCUUUCAACCAGAACAUCAGGCAGAAGGCCCAGGAACUGGGAGGCCUCAACAACUGACACAGACAGGGUGUCCCAAAUGGACACCCUUUUCCUAUUAUAUAGUGCACUACAUUUGACCAGUGCCCAUAGGGCACAAACAUAGUGUUUGUCAACAUAGUGCAGUAUAUGAGGAAUAGGGUGCCAUUUCAGAUGCAUGCAGAAAGAGACAAAAAUAAACCAUAUGUCCAGUCAGUUUUGAUUCAACUAGCAGUUUUUAUAAUGCCAGCAUGCUAUCAUAUUGUUACUGAAAUACAGGUCACAUAUGCCAUAUUGUAGCAUUGUAACAUAACGAUAGACACCAUAGUUCUUAGUACAUCACAGGAGGUCGGUGGCACCUUAAUUGGGGGAGGACGGGCUUGUGGUAAUGACUGGAGCGGAAUCAGUGGAAUGGGAUCAAAUACAUCAAACACGUGGUUUCAUUCCAUUCGCUCUGUUCCAGACAUUAUUAUGAGCCAUCCUCUCCUCAGCAGCCUCCUGUGCUCUACAUGUUUUAAUUAAAGUUAAUAGUAGUUGAUAGGAGUUGAUAGUAUAGGAGUUGAUAGUAUAGGAGUUGAUAGGAGUUAAUAGUAUAGGAGUUGAUAGGAGUUAAUAGUAUAGGAGUUGAUAGGAGUUAAUAGUAUAUGAGUUUAUAGUAGUUGGUAGUAUAGGACUUAAUAGAUAAGUAGUUGAUAGGAGCUAAUAGUAUAGAAGUUGAUAGGAGUUAAUAGUAUAGUAGUUGAUAGGAGUGAAUAGUAUAGUAGGUGAUAGGAGUUGAUAGUAUAGGACUUGAUAGUAUAGUAGUUGAUAGGGGUUGAUAGUAUAUGAGUUAAUAAUAUAGGAGUUGAUAGUAUCGGAGUUGAUAAUAUAGGAGUUGAUAGGAGUUAAUAGUGAUGGAGUUGAUAGGAGUUAAUAGUAUAGGGGUUGAUAGUAUAGGAGUUGAUAGUAUAGGAGUUGGUAGGAGUUAAUGGUAUAGGAGUUGAUAUUAUAGGAGUUGGUAGGAGUUGAUAGUAUAGGACUUGAUAGUAUAGGAGUUGAUAGUAUAUGAGUUAAUAGUAUAGUAGUUGAUAGUAUCGGAGUUGAUAUGAGUUGAUAGGAGUUAAUAGUAUAGGAGUUGAUAGGAGCUAAUAGUAUAGGAGUUGAUAGGAGUUGAUAGUAUAGGAGUUGAUAGUAUAGGAGUUGAUAGUAUAGGAGUUGAUAGUAUAGGAGUUAAUAGUAUAGGAGUUAAUAGUAUAGGAAUUGAUAGGAGUUAAUAGUAUAGGAGUUGAUAGGAGUUAAUAGUAUAGUAGUUGAUAGGCGCUAAUAGUAUAGGAGUUGAUAGGAGUUGAUAGUAUAGGAGUUGAUAGGAGUUGAUGGUAUAGGAGUUGAUGGUAUAGGAGUUGAUAGUAUAGGAGUUGAUAGUAUAGGAGUUGAUAGGAGUUAAUAGUUAAUUGAUAAGAGUUGAUAGUAUAUGAGUUAAUAGUAUAGGAGUUGAUAGUAUCGGAGUUGAUAGGAGUUGAUAUGAGUUAAUAGUAUAGGAGUUGAUAGGAGUUGAAAGUAGUUGAUAGGAGUUAAUAGUAUAGUAGUUAAUUAUAUAAUAGCUGAUAGGGGUUAAUAGUAUUGUAGUUAAUUAUAUAGGAGUUAAUAGUAUUGUAGUUUAUUAUAUAGUAGUUGAUAGGAGUUAAUAGUAUACGAGUUGAUAGGAGUUGAUUAGAAGUUAGUGGUAUAGGAGUUAAUAGUAUAGGAGUUGAUAGGAGUUGAUAGCUGUUUUAUUCAGAUAUGGAGUUGAUAGGAGUUAAUAGU